AUGAGACUCUCCGCCGCAUUCUCGACAAUCUUCGUCGCAAUCUUGGCCGCAACAACCUGGGCCGCACCAGUCGACACGGAACAUCAGCACCCCCUAGCAUCCCCGUCAUCACUCUCAACAGCCCCCGCAGUCGCAGCUGCCACAGCAUCACCAUCAGCAGCCAUCUCAUCGAAAUCCGGCAGCAGCAGCAAUAGCAACACAUCGCCCCAGUCCAAUAUUGUCGCGUCCGCUUGGAAACAAGUCUUUGGCGACAAAAAAGAUGAGCAGGAUCCAAAGCUGGGAAGGGCAUGCUUCUGCGCCAACGGAUCCAUUUGCUGCAAUACCUCGGAAGGCCUCGACUGUACCCAGGGCUUGUGCGGGUUGUAG